GCGCAGUGGCCGUUUGUGCCAUAUUGGAAUGAGGUCGUGAACGAGAACGGCGUCAAGCUGGCGUUACGCAGCGCAAUCAAAACCGGAUGCGUCAUGAUUUAAUCCUCAACGCGAAAAGCCCCGCUGUUGCUUUGCCAACGGAAAUGACCACCCGUACUUAUGGUGCUUUUAUUUUGAAGUGGUAGACCGGGACUGCUGGGUUUUCAUCACGUUCUCUUAACAUUGCUGCGAGCGAGCAGGCGGAGAGGAACGGCAUCUAAAAACCGACUUGGAAAAACUACUUAGCGAGCUCCUGUGUUGGCCUUGAGGGGGCACCAGCAUGAGUCAGGAGUCACCGGAGUCUGAUGGAGACUCUGCUCAGGAUGUCUCCGACUUCAACUGGGAUGACUACCUGGAGGAGACUGGAUCUGUGUCUGUGCCUCAUCAUGCUUUCAAACAUGUGGAUCAGGGCCUGCAGACAGGACUGACUCCAGGCAUGAAGCUGGAGGUGUGUGUGCGCUCCGAGGCUGACAGUCCUUACUGGGUGGCCAGUAUCAUCACCACAUGUGGGCAGCUACUACUGCUACGCUACGAGGGUUACCAGGACGACCGGCGUGCGGACUUCUGGUGUGACAUCAUGAUGGCGGACCUCCACCCACUGGGCUGGAGCCGCCAGAAUGGGAGGACCAUGAGGGCCCCUGAGGGUCUGCGUGAGAAGCACCAGGACUGGGAGGCUUUGCUAGAGAAGGCCCUGGCUGAGGAGUGCAGUGCGCCUGCCAAUCUGCUGGAAUUGCCGCAGUGUGGUAGAGACCCAGUGGAGCUCCUGUGUGCAGGCUGCUAUGUGGAGCUCCAGGACAACGAAGAUCCGGGGCUGGCCUGGGCUGCCGAGGUAGAGGAGAACGUUGGAGGAAGGCUGAAGCUGCGCUUUUUAGGCACAGAGGGCCUGCCGGACACACCAGCAACCCUCUGGCUCUUUUACCUCCACCCACGCCUUCACCCACCCGGCUGGGCUGUAGAACAAGGCUGCACCCUCAGGCCUCCAUCAGCUCUGUUGGCCCUACGGCCAGAGAAAGAGUGGGAGGAGGUGAGACAGAGGAUCAGUGACCUGCCUCAGGAUGAAGCUCUGACUGCUGAGUUCAAUAAGGAACAUCCUGUUAUCGCUGCUCAUUGUUUUAAAGAAGGUAUGAAACUGGAGGCUGCUGACCCUGCUGCUCCUAUUUCCAUAAGACCUGCCACUGUCACCAAGGUGUUCAAUGAGCAGUACUUCCUGGUGACGAUGGACAAUCUUUGUGGUACUGAGGAGAAAGACAUUGCUAGAAGGUCUUUUCUGUGCCACAGAGACAGUCCAGGGAUCUUCCCUGCUCAGUGGAGCCUCAAAAAUGGAGUGCCUCUAAGCCCUCCACCAGGAUACCAGGGCUCAGACUUUGACUGGGCAGAUUACCUGAAGCAGUGUGAGGCAGAAGCAGCUCCUCAGCAUUGCUUCCCAUCUGAGCAGAGUGACCACUGCUUCAAAGAAGCCAUGAAACUGGAGGCUGUCGACCCCCUGUCACCUGUAAACAUUCACGUGGCCACCGUCACCAGGGUCAAAGGGCAACAUGUUUGGCUGAGCCUGGAAGGACCGAAGCAGCCACUGCCAGAGCUGAUAGUUCAUAUAGACUCUCUGGACAUCUUCCCUGUCAGCUGGUGUGAGACUAAUGGCUAUCCACUCGUCUACCCCAUCAAACCCUCAGUUGAAAAAGAGAGGAAGGUAGCUGUGGUGCAGCCUGAGAAACACCGAACUCCACCAAAAUCACCUGAUUCUGUCAAGCAGCAGAUGGCCUCCCAGUCAGAAACAGGACAUGGUAAUGGAAAAUACUGCUGUCCCAAGAUCUACUUCAAUCACCGCUGCUUCUCUGGGCCUUACCUUAAUAAAGGACGCAUUGCAGAGCUGCCUCAGUUCAUCGGCCCUGGAAACUGUGUCCUGGUUCUCAAAGAGGUGUUGACUCUGCUGAUAAACUCGGCCUACAAACCAAGCCGUGUGCUGAGGGAGCUGCAGCUGGACCAGGAGAGCCGCUGGCAAGGCCAUGGAGAGACACUCAAAGCCAAGUACAAGGGAAAGAGUUACCGGGCUACGGUGGAAAUAGUUCGCACUGCUGACCGUGUUGCAGACUUCUGCAGGAAAACCUGCAUCAAGCUGGAGUGCUGCCCGAACCUGUUUGGACCUCGUAUGGUUCUGGACCGCUGCUCCGAGAACUGCUCCGUCCUCACCAAGACCAAAUACACAUACUACUAUGGGAAGAAGAAGAGUAAACGCGUAGGCCGUCCACCCGGUGGCCACUCCAACCUAGAGGGUGGAGUGAAGAGAAGAGGGAGGAGGAGGAAGAGGAGGAAGCAGCUCUUUGUGCACAAGAAGCGACGUUCCUCAGCUUCAGUUGACAACACGCCUGCUGGAUCUCCUCAGGGCAGCGGAGAGGAAGAAGAUCUGGAUGAGGACGACUCCCUGACUGAAGACUCUGGCUCAGAGCUGCAGGAUGAUCUCCAAGAUGAUUCUGAACAAUCAUAUGGGAAGUCUCAGCCAACCACGCCGUCCCCCUCCCCGCCAGCAACACCUAGGCCCACCCGCCGGCGCCGGAAACCUCGCUCACCUUCAUUUUCUGAUGAUGAGAACAGACCUCCUUCACCAAAGACCUCAAAGACUGAGCCCCCUCAGAAGUUGUGUUUGGACACCAGCCCCCUGGAGUGGAGCGUUACUGAUGUGGUUCGCUUCAUCAGGACCACCGACUGUGCACCUCUUGCACGGAUUUUCCUGGAUCAAGAGAUUGACGGACAAGCGCUGCUGCUGCUGAAUCUCCCAACAGUGCAAGAGUGUAUGGACCUGAAGCUGGGACCGGCCAUUAAGCUGUGUCACCACAUUGAAAGAGUCAAGCUGGCAUUUUAUCAACAGUUUGCCACGUAGCUGAAGGGGAAUGAACAUGGACUGUACCACAUCCUGCACUGUUAUUUAUCCUGCAAAAAACACCCUACUUCCCAAUUCUGGCAAUUCUAACUCUGAACGUAAACUGAGAGAGCUACGUUAUCUGUCCACUGGAAAAUCAACAAAGAAGUCAAGACCUACCAUCAAAAACAGUUCACAUGCUCUUCAGAAAAGGCAGAGGGGGAUGACUUAAAGACAGAAGAAUUCAAGACACUCAAAUGCCGUAAACUAAGUGAAAUACAUUGACUAAUCCCAGCAUAUUCUGCAGAUCAGGACUCAAUAAACAAGCCAUCUUCGAGGCCUUGCUUCCUGGUUUAAUCAGGUUGGUUUUUUGUGUGGUUCUGGAAAAAAAAUGGCAUAAAAACAUAUUUUUGGCUGCUGAGUGUCUCAUAAUUCUCAUGUUUGUCUGUUUCUGUAUGGUGAAAAGUGACUAAGCGCCUCCCCUUCAACCUCAUUGUCAUGUUCUGUCUUUUCAUGGUUUACAGCCUGCACUGCUGUCUUCAAUAGUUAACACCUCUUAACAGCUUUUAUUGUAAUACUUAAGACCUAUAACAUUUGUUGUCUGCUAGUCAGAACUUGCUGUCAUCUGCUGGAGAUUUGAACUCGUGAAGUCUUGCCACCACAUCUGGUGGUUUCCUACUCAAGUCUGAUUUUGCUGAAAAGAUGUUAAACAUUUGUGGUGUGAAUGAGGGUACAAACACAACAUAUGACAACUAAAAAAAAAGUUUUUCCCCCAAUAUCCAUGUCACUGAAAAACCCAAAUGUUGAAAGACCAACAGAUUGUGAUACAUUGUCCUAAUGGGUGCUUGAUUUACUCAUUAGCAGCACCUAUAGGUAAAGAUGAGAAUAGUUGAAAAAUUAAAAACAACCAAUUACAUUUAGCUAAAGCCAGCUUCUGUGGAGCCCGAGGUACAGUUAUACUAAACUAGAUGUCGUUGCAUGACAGGAGUUUGGUUUUUGUUUAAAUAUUAAAUGUGUAUACUGUCAUCAUACUCUUUGCAAAUGUUAUCCUGCUGAAUUAAGAUACAAUGUCCUUAACAACACAUUCAAGGGGCGCCAUUUUGUAGAGAUCAAGUUGCUUUCUUGUACAAGCUUCUGCAGUAUGGAAGAGCUGUUUACAGUUUUAUGACUCUGUAAUGAAAGCACAAGAAAAACUCUACUGUAUAGAUUUAUGCAAAUGACUGCAUGUUUGUAAAUAGUGUAGAUAAUCUAAUGUCUUCUAGUACAACAGGGUGAUCAGAAAUAAUAAUUAUUGAGCAAUUAACUUUCAGCAAGCAAUCUGUAAAUCUGAAACAAUAUAUUUGCACAGAAUAGACCUAAACUUCUCAUGGUGUACGGUUUGAACCAAUUCAGCUACAAUUAAUUACCUGAGCCAUUUAUUUCAGUCGUUUUACGGUAAAAUAAAUGACAUUUUCAAGCAAUGCGAUAAUCUGUAAAUGUUUUGUUAAUCCGUCUUUUUUUUCUCUGUUUACUAGUUUCUGUUACAAAAGUGUGAUCUACUGUGAU